AGUGAACCCAUAUAAAUCCAUCUCUGUAUUCGCACCUUAUCUAAUAUUAAUCCAUCUCUCGAUUUGUAAAGCGGCCAAAUCUAGUUUUUGUUGCUUGUUAGUUUGUGUUUCCAUUAAACUUGGUGAUUUUCAAGCAUUUACGUUUACAGAGUUGAUGUGGAGCUCUGUAGAAAGCUUGCAGAGUUGCAGGCAACUGGGGCACAUUUUGGCUUUAGAAGAAAAGAUGGAGAGGAGAACAUAAGUUGAGCAAACUGUGUUGAGGGAUUGCUAGAAGGAACUAGAUAUAAACCAGGCCAGCAAACGCAAAAGCCCAAAAAAGGAUGAACAAUACUGAACUGACUGAAGCCAUCUUCUCAGAAUUAUCAGAUUCGAAUAAGAAAAGAGAGUGCAGAAGGACUCGGUUUUCGAAAAAUGGAGGAAGGGCCAUCUACGACGGUGGUCGGUUGACCCAACCGAAGCUGCAGCAUCAGCAGCUUGGUUUGCCUCACCUGGCAACCCAAUCUCAGGUAAGAUCAGCAACAUGGUUGCUCUUGACAUGAAAAACUGGCUUCUCGUUCCAGAGUCAGCAACUUCACGUCGUAGCUUAAGUCUCGUUGGCCGGAUACCAAUAAAUGGCUGAGAGGUGGUAGAGGUAAAACGGGUAUAUUGAAAUAUGGAGGUCCUAUCAGUGGUGCAUUCAUUGUCCCCAAAAGAGAAGAAGUUCCUUCAUAAAAAAAAAAAAACUGAUCAGAUCCGCAUAAUCACUCUAUCACAAUUUGAGAAUAUGACCUCGACUCUGGAGAGUUUUGGCCCUGAUUAAACAAGCGUGCUUUGGAUUGUGGGUCUUCCCAAUUUGCAAUAUGGCUUCUUCUUCUGUAGUCCCUCCAAAAGAAGAGUCGUACGAUGUCUUUCUCAGCUUUAGAGGCCUGGAAACUCGCCAGACUUUUACCAGUCAUCUUCAUGCUGCAUUGAUAAGGAGGAAAGUGGAAACCUACAUUGAUUACAGACUUGAGAGGGGAGAUGAAGUUGGACCCGCCCUUUUCAAAGCAAUCAAGAAAUCAAAGAUUUCUGUGAUCAUUUUCUCAAAAGACUAUGCUUCUUCCACAUGGUGCUUGGAUGAACUUGCUUAUAUACUGGAAUGCAAAAAGAUAGAUGGACAACAUGUUAUUCCAAUUUUUUACGAGGUAGAGCCAUCACAUGUACGCCACCAGACCGGAACUUAUGAGACUGCCUUUGCUAAACAGGAACAGAGGUUGAAGGACAAUCCGGACAAGGUGGCCAAGUGGAAGGGAGCUUUAGUAGAAGCAGCCAAUCUAUCUGGAUUUGAUUCAAAAGCUGUUCGGGACGAUUCCAAAUUAGUUGAGGAAGUCGUCAGUGAUGUGUUGGCUAAACUGAAACGUGAACCAUCAAUUGAUUUAACUCGUUUGAUUGGGGCUGAAGACCGCAUUCAGAAAAUUAUAUUAGAAUUAGACAUUAUCCCCGAGGAUGUUCGUGUUCGCUGUAUAGUUCUCUGGGGUAUGGGUGGUAUUGGCAAGACCACCCUUGCUGAGGCUGUAUAUUACGGACUCUCUUCUCAGUUCAAAGCUCACUGUUUUCUUGCAAACGUUAGGGAAUGUUCAGGUACCAAACAAGCUUUCUCUCCUGAACUGUGUGAUUUGCGAAAUGAACUUCUGGGACAACUACUAGAGGAUAGAAUUUUAAAUAUCCGAACUCCAACUAUAGAUGAUUUUACUAAAUCGAGGCUCCGACGUGCCAAAGUCCUUGUAGUUCUUGACGACGUGAACGAUUCAAGCCAAUUAAGAUAUUUAGCUGGAGAAGUUCCAUUUGGCCCUGGAAGUAGAAUAAUUGUAACAACUCGAGACAUGCAGCCAGUCAAGGAUACUUUACUAGUGAAGAAUGCAGCUGACUAUGAUGUUAAGAUAUACAAGGUGAAGGAAUUAAAUGUUGGUGAAUCUAUUCAGCUCCUGCAUUCAAAUGCUCCUAUACACGCAGAAAACUCAAAUUUUUUGAAGAAGGUGGUAAAUCAUGCUGCAGGAGUUCCGUUAGCCCUUGAAAUUUUGCGUCCGUUAUUGUGUAAAUGCGAGACAGAAGAACAACUGGUGCUGUUUUGGGCUAAAUUGCAAAAGUUUCCGAGCAAAAGACUUGGAAAUGUGUACAGAGCCAGUUAUGAUGGAUUAGAACAAAAUGAGAAGGAGCUCUUCCUUGAUGUAGCUUGUUUCCACAAAGGAAAGAACCGUUGUGAUGCAGAAAGAAUCUUAGCUGCACGUGGUUUAUAUCCGGACGGAAUUGAUAUUCUCAUUGACAUGUCUCUCAUAUCAAUCAAAGACGACUGCAUAUGGAUGCAUGACGUGAUCCAAGAGAUGGCUUGGGAGACUGUGCAUGAAGAAAGUCCUAAAAAAACGGGAGAGCGCUCUAGGUUGCACAAUUAUGAUGAUGUAUGUAGUAUAUUGGAAGGGAAUAAGGGAACUGCAAACGUGCAUUGUAUUUCCUACACAAAUGAUGAUUAUAAUAACAAGCUAAAGUUGGAUCCUCGAGCUUUCACAGGGAUGGAUAACUUAACAUUUCUUGAGCUUUUUAUGCAUCUUGACGACGACAAGGCAAAUCUAGAGUGUCUUCCUGAUGCCCUUCGCUAUCUCAAUUGGUUUCAGUACCCUUUGCAGUCUUUGCCAUCAAAGUUUUCACCAGACAAUCUUGUUGAGCUUCAUAUGCCCUGUAGCAAACUCAAGAGACUUUGGGGGAAAAGCCAGAAUCUUAAAAACUUGAAAAGAAUCGAUCUUAGUUGGUCCAGUGACCUGGCUGAAGUUGGAGAGCUGUCAAAUAGUGCGAAUAUUGAGAGUAUAAAUCUCGAAGGUUGUGAAAGUUUGGUUGAAGUUCCGGAUUUGUCAAAUUGUACACACAUAAAGAGUAUAAAUCUUGCUGGCUGUGAAAGUUUGGUUCAAGUUCCUUCAUACUUUGAAAAGUUUACCAAGCUUACUCAUCUGGAUUUGAAACGUUGCUCGAAGCUUCGUAUCUUACCGGAUUUACCAGGCAAUAUAGAAUUCUUAGGCAUAACUGAAACUGAAAUAGAAGAAUUGACUCCAUCAGUUUGUUCUCUUGAAAAACUCCGUGAAUUGGAUCUUAAUAGAUGUCGCUCCAUAGAGAAAUUUUCAAGCAGUCCAUGGAAGAUGAGAUCCCUCAAUCAUCUUUGUUUGAGAGGGACAAAGAUACAGAGGGUGCCUUCAUUGUUGCAUAUGACUGAGAUUACUUCACUUGACCUAAGAGAUUGUGAUCGCCUUGUCAGUCUCGCGGCUGAUAUUUGUGAGUUGAAAUCUCUCGAGACUCUUGAUCUCUCUGGUUGCUCUAGUUUCACAACAAUUCCGGAAAUUGCAGAGCCUUUGGAACAUAUUCAGGAUCUGAAUUUAAGUAAGACGAAUAUUAAAGAGCUCCCAUCAUCGAUCGGGAAUCUUGUUGGGAUUACAAAAUUGAAUUUAUCUGGCUGCACAAACCUCGAAUCACUCCCAGACAGUUUCGAUAAUUUAAAACUUCUAGAGCGGUUCUUACUUUGUGGCUGUGUCAAGCUAAAAGAAUUGCCUCUCCGGUUCACUUUGUCCUCUUUGACACAUCUAGACCUCGAAGACUGUGAAUUGGUAAAAGAAAUUCCUGAUUGCUCUACUAGCUUUCCUGCAUUGCAGUUCUUGUAUCUAAGUGGAACCAUGAUCGAGACAAUACCUCCGAGCAUCAAGAAAGUUUCUGGGCUUAAGUCGCUGAGAGUUAAAGACUGCAAGCGGCUUCAAUCUCUGCCAGUGCUCCCAUGUCUUUUAGUAAAGUUGGAUGCAGAAGGGUGCACGAGUCUGAAGACGGUGCCAGUUUCAGUGACUGCACGUACACUAGGUUUGGAUGAAAUGCUUUCAGAGAUGGAAUCUGGUAUAUCAAAUGAUUUCAGGACAGAAUUCCAUUCAUUUUUGGGUUGCGUUAAUUUGUAUCAAAUUUCAAAGAGACGCAUAAUGGAUGAUGCAUACUUCAGAAUCAUGCGAUUGGCAACUACUAUUUAUAAACUGAAAAGUUCAGCACAUGAUCAUGGUGUAGCACGAGUGAUUUGUCCGGGAAAUAAAAUUCCAAAAUGGGUUAGCUAUCAAACACCACAGGGAUCUUCAUUGAAUAUUAAGCUUCCCCUGCACUGGUCAGAUGAUUCCAACUCCUUCAGUAUUGCUCUAUGCUCUGUUUUUGCAAUAUCCGCACAUAGGGAGAUUCUUCAGUGUGAUUGUGAGAUGAUUCUCAAAAACAACAACGGUGAAACCCAUACUGUCAAUUUGGGAACAGAACAUUUCGUGUCUAGUGCUGUGACAUUCGAAACAGAUCAUAUGUUGGUGUGGUAUGUCCAUGGAAGUUCAGAUAAAGCAAAAUCGUCUACAGAAGCCACUUUUCACUUCUAUACAAACGUAGGCGGUAAAAAGUUAUAUAACGUGAAAAGUUGCGGGGUCUGCUUUCUUGGAAAUGUGUACAGAGCCAGUUAUGAUGAAUUAGACAAGCUAAAGUUGGAUCCUAGAGCUCUCCCAAGGAUGACUAACUUAAGAUUUCUUAAGCUUAAUACAUCUAAUGACAACGACAUGGCAAAUCUAGAGUGUCUUCCUGGUGCGCUUCGGUAUCUCGAUUGGGAAGGGUACCCUUUCCGAUCUUUGCCAUCAAAGUUUUCACUAGACAAUCUUGUUGAGCUUCAUAUGUGUUGGAGCAAACUCAAGAGAUUUUGGUUAAAAAGCUGGAAUCUUAACUUGAAAAUGAUCGAUCUUAGUUGGUCCCCUUACCUGGCUGAAGUUGGAGGGCUGCCAAAUAGUGUGAAUGUUGAGAGUAUAGAUCUUCAAGAUUGUGAAAGUUUGGUUGAAGUUCCGGAUUUGUCAAAGUGUACACGCAUAAAGAGAUUAAAUCUCGCAGGCUGUGAAAGUUUGGUCCAAGUUCCUUCAUACUUCCAAAGCUUCACCAAACUUACUCAUCUGGAUUUGAGUAGAACUGCAAUAGAAGAAUUGCCUCCAUCAGUUUUGUCUCUUGAAAAACUUCUCCAAUUGAAUCUUGACUGCUGUAGUUCCAUAAAGAAUUGGCAUAAUUUAUCGAGCAUUCCAUGGAAGAUGAUAUCCCUCGAGUAUCUUGCCUUGAGAUGGACAAAGAUAGAGAGGGUGCCUUUGUUCUCGUAUAUGACUGAGAUUACUUCGCUUCACCUAAGAGAUUGUGAUCGCCUUGUCUGUCUCCCGGCUGAUAUUUGUAAGUUGAAAUCUCUCCAGGCUCUUGAUCUCUCUGGUUGCUCUAGAUUCACAACAUUUCCGGAAAUUGCAGAGCCUAUGGAACAUCUUCAGGAUCUGAAUUUAAGUAAGACGAAUCUUAAAGAGCUGCCGUCAGCGGUUGGGAAUAAGGUUGGGAUUAGGAAUUUUGAAGUCAUUCCUCCACAACAAGUUACUACAACUAAAAAGAGACGCCGCAGCAGCAGCUCUGAGGAUGAAGCUAGUGGAAAUUAACUGCCUGAUCACUUUGUUCAUGGAGAUGAUAGUAUAAUUGAAAGUGAACUUUCUGCAGCCUUCAGUUUACUACAACUGAGAGACGCGGAGGAGCAACAUAUUGGAUGAUGCACACUUCAGAAUCAUCCCGAUGUCCUUGGAAUCUUGUACGUCUCUCUCUCUCUCUCUCUCUCUCUCAAUGCAGUAACGUUUAUCAUACUACUGGUGAUCUGUCCGGGGCCAAAAUUGUUUAGCUGUCAAAUGGAGGGUUCUUCAAUGGAGAUUAAGCUUCAAACUUCUUGGGCAUUCCUUUCUGCUCUGUUCCAGCAAUCUCUCCCUAUCUUGGGUGUGAAGUUUGAGAUGAUUUUCAUAACCAACAGUGGUGAAACACAUGGUGUCAUCUUGGGCAUAAUCCCCCGGUCUAGGUGCCCAACAUGUGGGGUCUGCUUUCUGUUUGCCCAAGAUGAUGGUGCUCGAUUUCAAAUCCUCAAGUUAUUACUUGUAGCAGCUUUGGGGUUGAAUCUAGUGUAAGUCAUAAAUCUGAUCACUUUGUUAAUGAUCGUGAAACUCACGGGUGGAGUAUCAGAGAAUAUAUGAUAGUUGAGUCUGAACAUUCUACUUAAUAAGGUUUACAAAUCCAUCGAGUUCCUGUGUAUUGCUACUACACUUCUACAUUCAAGUUAAGUUGUGUUCAUUCCCGUAAAAGGGAACCACUAGUAGCUUUCUGUAUGUGCAUAAUGUUUUAUUCAGCAACUUUGUAAACCUUUUGGUUGAUUACUCCGGCUCUUGAAAACUU